AUGGCAUCAUCAUCGUCAGCCGCCGCAGGGCUCCUCUCGCGCCAGUUGAAGCAGAUGCAGAACGACAAGAGCAUAUCAGGAAUCAGCUGUGGGCUGGUGGACAGCAACGUCUUCGAGUGGGAAGUGAUGCUGAUGAUUGACGACGACACAAAGUUCUAUGGAGGUGGCUUCUUCCGCGCACGGCUCAACUUCCCCUCAGAAUACCCGCUUCUACCGCCCAAGAUGCGCUUUGAGACCCCCAUCUUCCACCCCAACAGCAAGUUCUUCCUACGCCAAACAUUCCGAGCCCUCCCAUCUGACCCACCACCAGUCUACCAGAACGGCGAAGUUUGCAUCUCUAUCCUUCACCCACCCGAGGAAGACAAGUACGGCUACGAAUCAGCAGCCGAGCGCUGGUCCCCGGUCCAGACCCCCGAGACGAUCCUCCUCUCUGUCAUAUCGAUGCUCUCGAGCCCGAACGACGAGUCACCUGCCAACGUAGAAGCUGCUGCGCUGUGGCGAGAAAACACACCCGAGUUCAAGAAGCGCGUGAGGAAGUGUGUACGAGAUAGCUUGGAGUUUGAGUAG